AUGCAUCUAAACAAGUUACUCAUACUAUUUCAAAUCAUAAUCACUUAUACCUCCCUAGUACUGGGUUUCAAUUUUGGGUUCUCCAAGAAUUAUUAUAAAAAGGGUGAUCUGGUUGAUUUAUUAGUUAAUAAAAUCGAAUCAGAUAAUACUCAAUUACCUUAUUCUUAUUAUAAUUUACCCUUUGUUUGUCCUCCUGGUAAAAAUGCCAAACCAAGACAUUUAUCAUUAGGUGAGAUCUUAAGGGGAGAUCGUAUCUGGGAAUCGAAUUAUGAAUUAAGAUUCGGUGAAGAUAUGUCAUGUAUGAGAUUAUGUGAUUUAAUCUCAAGAGAAACUGGAUUAGCAAGAGCUGAUAGUUUAAUUAAAAAUGGUUAUGUGGUUCAUUGGUCUAUUGAUUCAUUACCAGGUGCCACUACAUUUGUCUCAAACAAUAAAAAUAAUAAAUAUUAUGCUGCUGGAUUUCCUUUAGGAUUUGUAACUGAUAAUAUUUCAUAUAUUUAUAAUCAUGUUAUGAUUGUAAUAAGAUAUCAUACUGAAGCAAAUCAUAAACAUACCAUUGUUGGAUUUGAAGUUUAUCCUAAAUCAGUUAAUAAUGAACAAUGUCCAGGAUCUUCAAAAGCUUAUGAAAAUUUCGCUCUUGAUGUUAAAAAGUCUAAGACUGGUGAAUUAUUAAAACAAAAAACCAUUAUUCCUUAUACUUAUUCAGUAUAUUGGAGAGAAGAUAAUUCAAUUGAUUAUGAUUCAAGAUGGGAUCUUUAUUAUGAAAAUGAAUCUACCGGAAAAAAUCAUCAUAUUCAUUGGUUAUCAUUCACUAAUUCAAUAGUAUUAUUAUUCUUAUUAACUUUGAUUGUAACGGUGGUACUUUUAAGAACUUUAAAAAGAGAUUUAUCUUCUCUUUCCCCCAAUGGUACUGGAUCUUCGCCAGCAUCAUCAUCUCCAACUUUACCUUUAACUAAUACUAAUGGUCAAGAUGACUCUGCUCCUUGGAAAGGUUUAAUUUCAGAUGUAUUUAAAUGUCCAUCAUUCAUUUUACCAUUAACUACCUUGGUAGCAGCUGGUAUUCAAGUUAUAGUUGUCCUUAUUGGAGUUAUAUUUAUUUUUGUGCUUAAUUCCAAAUUAUUUAUUCCGGGUUUAAAGAAUUCAACCACAUUUUUUAAUAAUCAUGAAGGUGCCCUUAUUUCAAUUUCAAUUUUCAUAUUCAUAAUAUCAGGGUUCGUAAGUUCAUAUAUUGGAAUCAUUCUUUAUAAAUUCUUAAACAAUGAUAAUAUAAAUCAAGAAUAUCCAAAUGAUAAAAUCAUUAAAUUAUCGUUAUUAUUUGGUAGUUUCUUACCUCAAUCAAUUUUAAUCAUUGUAUUCUUUUUGAAUUUCUUUGUUUGGGCUAAGGAUUCAUCAUCAGCUAUCCCAUUUGGAACCAUUAUAAUCUUAUUAUUGUUAUUCUUUUUAAUUGAAUGUCCAUUAGGUAUAAUAGGAGGUUAUUAUGGUAAUAAGAAAACUUUCUCGAUCAAAUCAUUCUUUAAUAAUCAAGCUAUCAUCAAAGAAGCAUCAUCAAACAAACCUAAAUUAUUAAGAAGAUAUAAUUCAUGGUUAUUAAGUCCUAUCCCAAGUAUAGUAAUCUUUGGAUUGAUUCCAUUUGGAGUGGUCUUUGUGGAAUUAUUAUUCAUAUUUAAUAGUUUAUGGCUUGAAAAAACCACCUUUUAUUAUAUGUAUGGAUUCCUUUUCAUUACUACUGUCAUGCUUAUCAUCAUCAUUGCUGAAUCCACCAUCAUUGCCAUUUAUAUCUCCCUUUCCGUCUAUAACAAUCCUAAUUGGCAAUGGUUAAGUUUUAGAAUUGGAUCCAGUAUAGGAUGGUAUAUUAUGGGAUAUACGAUAUAUUAUUUCACAUUUUAUUUGAACGUUAAUGAUUUCGUUAGUAGUUUGUUAUAUUUCAGUUAUAUGGGAUUAGCAUGUUUCUUAAUAUGUGUGGGAUUUGGAUCAGUUGGUUUAAUUACUGGUUUAAUCUUUGUAAAAAAGAUUUUCUCAACUAUUAAAGUUGAUUAG